AUGAAGCAUCUGGAUCAGCAGAAGAUCUUAACUGAAAAUCAACAUGGAUUUCGUGCUCAGCACUCAUGCGAGACACAACUCAUUCAGACGAUUCACGACUUGGGGAAGUCAUUGGACACCAGAAGCCAAACCGACAUGGUGAUAAUGGAUUUUUCAAAGGCGUUUGAUUCCGUACCACACAAGCGUCUCCUUCAUAAAAUCAACAGCUAUGGAAUCAACAGUAACACCUUCAACUGGAUCUCCAAUUUCCUCACUCAAAGAAAACAACGGGUUGUCAUCAAUGGUGGCACAACUCUACAAGAGACAGCAUCUCAUUCAUACUUGGGGGUUGAGAUAACCAAUGACCUUAAAUGGGGGAACCAUAUCCAAUCAAUCUCUGCCAGAGCGAACAGAGCCCUUGGCUUUAUUAGACGCAACCUACACUGCUGCCCUCAAGAUCUCAAGUCCAUCGCUUACCAGAACCUGGUUCGCCCACUUCUGGAGUACUCGACAAUCAUUUGGGAUCCCUACACACAGGAACAAAAAGACAAACUCGAGAUGAUACAGAGAAGAGCAGCCCGCUUCGUCUGCAGAGACUACAACCGCACAAGCAGUGUUACAACUAUGCUAAAAUCUCUCCAGUGGGACACCCUGGAAAGCAGACGGAAAGUGGCACGAAUUUCAAUGCUCCACAAAAUCCACCAUGGUCAGGCUGCCGUCCCGGCAGGAAAGUUCUUACAGCCGGUCACACGCCAAUCCAGACACAAUCACAACAAGGCCUACCAACUGUUCUCCGCAAACAAAGACUGUUUCAAAUAUUCAUACUUCCCCCAAACAGUAAAAGACUGGAACACAUUACCACCAGACAUCAUAGCCAUCACGAACAAUAAGAUCUUUAAAGGAGCCGUCAUAUCUCACCUAAGAAGUACGUGUCCGAAAGUCUCAGUUGGGCAGUAUUUCCAGCUAGAUGAUUGGUGUUACAUCGCCCAAGGAAUGGAAACGCCAUUGUCCUUCAAGGAUGCGAAUGCCGACUGUAAAACGCUCGGUUCUGACGGUACGGGUAGUUUGGUUGUCAUCACUGCACAGCAGACGCAAUCUCUCCUGUCUGCCAUGUUAGGCUAUAUGAACGAGAGGAAUGCCUGGAUAGGUCUCUCUCAGAAGCUACUAAGACCAUUUCAGUGGGUCGAUGGCACAUCUCUUAGUUACACUAACUGGGCCCCUACAGAACCCAAUGGAUUUGGAAUUGUUCCUGGAAUAGGAAUUGACUGCGUGGAACUUGUUAAUGACAUACUCCACCCUGGAAGCUGGUAUGAUGUCCCUUGCUUAACAAAAAAUGCUUAUAUUUGUCAAGUUAAGGCAGUUGACGCGACCAUUGUACCUCCAAUAUCAACGGAGUGCCCCCUUAAAGACUACACCAACUUCUUCUCAUCUUGCUACCGCCUGUACCUGGACCCCAAGACCUUUGAUGAAGCCCAGAAGACGUGCCAGAAAGACUCUGCGAUUGACAGCUUCCUCGCUACUACUGACGUAGGCUAUGAGAAUGCCCUCCUUGAGUUUCUCAUCUACAGACAAGGAGCAGGUGCAUCUUCAGUUUGGAUUGGUCUACAAAAGGAUACAACAACUGCUCAAUUCAAGUGGUUAGACGAUUACCCAGUGGUCUUCACUAACUGGGGAGUGAACCAGCCUGACUCAAGCAAUACUGAGCGAGCUUGUACACAAAUAGUGACUGAUCCAUCCAGUGCAUCAUGGGAUGAUACUACCUGCGACACCAAGCUGCCAUUUUUCUGCAAGUUUAGAAUUGGAGGACACCGUCCCCCAGUUGUUACUGAACCGCCCACGACUGGGAACUGUCCCAGCGGAUGGGAAAAAUAUGGUUCGGACUGCUAUCUCUUCCAAUCAUCCAAUCCCAAAGUCAACCAGAACCGGGCCCAGUAUAACUGCUACCUUAAUUAUGGAUCACAGCUAGUGACCAUACACUCCACUGGACAGAAUGAUUUCAUCAGUAAGAAGUCAAAAGAGAAAGGAUACAGCGCUGUGUGGAUUGGCUUGGAGAGAAAUGGAAAUGGUGGUUUCCGAUGGCAGGAUGAUUCUCCACUAGAUUUUGAGAACUGGGCAAACAAGCAACCUGACGUUCCACUCCUACAGCAAUGUGUCAAGCUUUACCCUGAUUUGUUUGGCCACUGGAAAGAUGAACUCUGCUUUUCCAAUGCAAACUCUGUGUGUAUGAUGCCACAGUACCAAGACGGGCAAGCACCUAAUUCUACCAUAUGCCCAACAAACAGUGACUGGAUACUGAAUGGUGACUACUGUUACAUGUUCUCUGAGCCGAUAGAGAACUCUGGAUAUUCAUGGCAGGAUUCUCAAGAGUGGUGCAACAAACACGCAGGCCACCUUGCGUCCAUCGAAAAUCAAGCUGAACAGGACUUUCUGAAUGAGUUGCAUUUUCAGCUCAUUCCCGAUUUCUGGAUUGGUUUGAAAGAAACAUCGGAUAAUUCAUAUACAUGGUCUGAUGGCUCUGCUUACUCUUUCCAACUCUGGGAUGAGGGAGAACCUAACGACUUCAAUGGCGCAGAACAGUGUGUAGAACUCAACAUGUGGAAAGGUGGUAAAUGGAAUGAUGUUAACUGUGGAGUAAAACAAAGCUACAUCUGCAAAAAGCCCAAGGAUGCAAUUUCAAGUGUUGCCACUCCAACGGACAAACCGCUGACGGGAGGAUGCCCGGAUGGAUGGUUUCAGACGAUCACUAAAUGUUACAAGGUCUUUGGUGGACCUAGCAACCAGAAGACAAGGACAGAGGCUCAGGCUGAGUGUAAGAAACACAAUAAUGGUAACCUGGCAAUCAUCUUGAACAGCGGAGAGCAAGCGCUUCUAUCAUCACUGAUGGAGAGUGAUAGUGAAUCCCUGUGGAUUGGUCUGAGUAAUAUCGGUUCACCCAAUGGACAGUAUCAAUGGAGCGAUGGAUCUAAGAUUGAUUACACAAACUGGGACAGAGGACAACCACAGGGAUGGAACGACCCAGAUGUACCGCAGAAUGACUGUGUACGAAUGAUGAAUUCACCACAUAACCCUGGUAAAUGGUCAAACGUCUUCUGCUACAUCAAAUCUGGUUUUGCCUGCACCACAGAUUCAUCAAUGCAAAACUACUACAUCUUGAUGCACAGAUUAACAAAGAAUAUGGUGUUGGAACAGCUUAUCAAGAGGAUUCAAUUUUGUCAUUUUGUUGUAGCUCCUGAUUAUCCAUACCAGGAGAUAAAAUUUGAAACUACAUGCAGCAACAAGGAUUAUUUGAGUUUCCACGGUUCUUGCUUCAAGUACGACACAACAAAGAGAACAUACGACGAAGCUGUAGAGUUCUGUAAAGCAGAUGGGACAUCAAUAGCAUCUAUAAGGGAUGGCUUUGAUGAUUCCAUUAGUGUGGUACUACUCUAUGUUCAUCAGUUGACUGAUGCCUGGAUUGGGCUACGUAAAAACAGUUUCACAGAAGUAUACGAGUGGGGAGACGGAUGGCCUUAUCUGUACACCAACUGGGCACCAGGACAGCCUAGUUGGACGGGUACCAAUCAUGGAUGUGUCAGCUUAGGUAGAGAAGGCUACUGGUACGACAGAACCUGUUCUGGAACAGAGAAACAUGCUACCAUAUGCAAAGAAGCUCAAGGUAAAUAG